CACUUAUUGCUUUGUUUUGGAAAGAAAUUAAUAAUAAUUAUCAGUAAAAUGGAGAAACUGGAGGCCCUGAAGAUGUCCUCGAUGCGUCCGCGCAGCAACAUCCUGGACAGACCGCUUUCCAAGGGCAAAACGGAGGUUUCCCAGAGCAUUGUGGCGCUGCUCUUCAGCGAAAUCGUUCAGUACUCGCAGAGUCGAGUGUUUACAGUGCCAGAACUGCAAACCAGGCUCCAUGACUUGGGCCAAGAUGUGGGCACCCGUAUCAUCGAUUUGUACUUCGUAAGGGAGCGGAGUUCUAAAAGGGAAACGAAAUUAACCCAAAUGCUGCUCUUCGUAAAGACGACUGUUUGGAAAAACCUCUUUGGCAAGGAGGCGGAAAAACUGGAGCACGCCAACGAUGAUGAGAGAACCUACUAUAUCAUAGAAAAGGAACCGCUGGUCAAUACAUUUAUCAGUGUGCCCAAGGAUAAGGGCUCUCUGAACUGUGCCAAUUUCACGGCAGGCAUAGUGGAAGCUGUGCUUACGAAUUGCGGAUUUCCCUGCAAGGUCACCGCCCACUGGCACAAGGGCACCACGUACAUGGUCAAGUUCGAGGACUUUGUCAUCGCCCGCGACAAGCAGAUGGAGGAGAAAUAAAUUCAGUUUACUUAACAUUA